ACCGGGGGGCGGACGGAGAAAGGGUAACUCCGGACUCCCGACAGACAGAUCAGCGCCUUUCCCGAUCGGGCCGACAUGCACAUGGCAACUGGGAAACAAAGCCACCUCGACAACUCCGCUUGGCACUUACUUCUGGCCUUGUGAAGUCGAGCUACUAUUAUCAAGUUAUAGCUUGGACCCGAGCCCUUGACUAGAAAGUAUCCGCAGCGGUACUGGCCCCGACUGGCGUUUUCCAGCGGCCUAUCUGUCAUGAUCAGGUAACUCCGAGCUUCCCCAACGAUCGACCCCCGGGUGGUUGUCGCAUCCGCCUGGCGGACGUGGAUAUGAUGGCGCCAUCCAGUCCACGCAAGUCAAUUGAUAGCCUGGCAUCGGGCGCAUCGACGCCAUCGCUAUCGCAUUAUUCUACUUCCCAACUAGAGUCUCCGCGGGUUCCCCCUCAGCGGUACCCCCUGAGGAGGGGGUCCACGGCGAGCUCGAUUGUGAGCAUUGGAGGCAUUCUGGACACUUCCCAGCACCAUGGCUCCAUUGCCGAGUCUGGACAAAAUGCUAUAUCUACACUCCUUCAACCCCCGAUCGUCCGCACAGGAUUGACGCCGCAUACCUCCGUUUCUUCCACUGGAUAUAAGCCCCCCUCUUCCCGUGAUAUUCCGCCAGUGACCUUGACGAACAUCGCCCAUGUAGAUGCUAAAGUGUUCCAACCAUACCUUUCGCAAGUGGGCUCCUUGUACGAUGUUUUUCAACAGUCAAAAGAAGGCAACGGGGAGGACGCCCAGACGUCAUCAGGCUUCAAAUCUCCGAAACCGGAGGAUAUGGAAUCCUUGAUGCCAUGGAGUCCGGAGCGGAGAUCUUCGGUCAUGUCGACCAGCUCACGACCAACCUCUCCCUACGAUCCUCGCCGCCGACGUACAUCAGGAGGCCGUGGCCGUGGGCCUGCUGUGACCCCCUUGUCUACAAUCCCGCCAGUCUACUUCGAGGAGGAUUUCCACUUGGAAAAUCCGCGCACGUUCGAUGUCAUCUCAGAGAAGUCCGAGGUCGUUAAACCACCCCGACCGCCAAACAAGGAUGAUAAGCACGCCAAUGGAGGAGCUACGGAACCGGUUCACACCGGCAGGAAAGCACUAGCGACCAAUGCGAUCCUCCAAGAAAAGCUCUCAUGGUAUAUGGACACUGUGGAAAUUCACCUCAUUUCCUCGAUUUCCACGGCAUCCAAGUCAUUUUUCACAGCUUUGGGUUCACUCCGAGAACUGCAUGCUGAAGCGGCAGACUCUGUAAAGCGGAUUCAGAUUCUGCGCAAGGAUCUACAGAAGAUCGAUAAGGAAAUGGCCUUGGGUGGCUUGAAGAUUGUGAAUCUGCGGCGACGGAGAGAAAACGUGCGGAUGCUAGCGGCCGCUGUGGCUCAAUUACACGACGUUGUAGGGUCGGUAUCACGUUGCGAGGAGCUGGUCGAUCAAGGAGACAUUGAAGAUGCUGCUGAAGAAUUGGAAGAGGUAGAAAAGCUCAUGGCUGGCGAAAGGGCGUCCGAUCGUCCAGUUGGGGACGAGAUGGAUCCCCCACGCAAGCCCAUUGACCUGCGGGGACUCAAGGCUCUAGACGGAGCCUCCGAGGAUCUCGCUAUGUUGCGGCAGCGCAUUGGCAUGGGAUAUGAAACUCGUUUCUUGAAUGACCUAUUAGGUGAUUUGCGAUCUCAUGUUGAGAAUGUGUCAUCUGCUGUGACAUUACAGCGAUGGGGUGCGUCCUUCUUGCGACAACGUGGGGGUCAGCGUCCCGUAUCGACAGUUUCACCUGCUUACAUGACCUUUGACAAUGAGCUCCGAUCCCGACUAAACACCCAGCUCACAGGACUUGCUCGAGCCUAUUAUACAACUGCCGCGGCCACAUCGUUCAAGACCGCGGUCCUACGAGAGAUGAAGGGUCUAAUUCGACAACACCUCCCCAGUUCGAGUGACGAUGACAAUGAAUCGAUGAUUUCAGUGUCUACCCAUAGUGACCGGCAACGGAGUCAGCAGGAGAAAUCUUCUAUUCUGGCGCGGAAUCUGCGUGCCCUUGACCCUGACGACGCUUACGGGAUGCUCGUGGCAAUAUAUGCCGGUAUCAGUGAAUGCUUGCGUCGACUGAGCACCCAAGUGAAGAUUCUUUUGGAUAUUGCCAGUGGUUUGGGAAAUUCUCCCGCGGCGGGUAUCAAGUCCCCCACUCGAAGUCCCAACCCACAGAGUCCCGACCGGAGCAUGAGGUCCCCUGAUCAUGGAUCUUCAGCUUCGGCUAUGGCUCAGGAUGAGAUCUUGCAGGUCCUGGACAUGUCAAGCCUCCUUGGUCAAGCAGUAGACAUUGCCCAGUCUCAAAUUACCAAGGUUCUUAAGGUUAGGUUAGAGCAAACGUCUCAGCUCUCGAAGGAAGAAUUCUUAAAGUACUUCACUCUCAAUCGUCUCUUUGCUGAUGAGUGUGAAGCGAUCUCGGGACGUGGUGGCACUGCAUUGAAGACCCUCGUUGGCAACCAGAUCCGUGAAUUUAUCACCCGAUUCGGAGAAUCACAACGCCACCGCAUCGUCAAGGUCAUGGACUCUGAUCGGUGGGACGCCCGGGACUUUGGUGAAUCCGAAGUCAAUGUACUCACUCGUAUUCUCGAUGCUAGCACCAAGGACAUCGAGGCUUGGAUGGAUGUUUCAAAGAUCUGGAUUCCAAGCAGUGGAAGCGAACAGAAAAAUGCAUCCGAAGCAGGUGCAGGUGCCAAUGGGUCGGCGAAGGAGAAAGUUCGCAGUGCAGUGGUCGAUGAACAGAAGUACAUUCUGCCUGAUUCGGCAGUGGCAAUCAUGCGCAGCAUCGAGGAGUUCGAGUUCCUCAUGGCGAAUAUCCCAAGCAUGAUUCAGGACAUUGCCCCGCAACUACUUGAGAUACUGAAGCUCUUCAACUCACGUUCGUCGCAAUUGAUUCUCGGCGCGGGUGCCACGAGGAGUGCAGGCCUGAAGAACAUUACGACUAAGCACCUUGCCCUUUCGUCGCAAGCUCUGAGCUUUGUCAUCGCUUUAGUGCCGUAUGUGCGAGAAUUUGUACGACGUCAUGGACAGACAAACCAGGUCAUGGCGGAGUUUGACAAGGUCAAAAGACUGUGUCAAGAGCAUCAGACUGGUAUUCAUGAGAAACUGGUUGAUAUUAUGAGCUCACGAUCUUCCGUCCAUGUCAGCGCAAUGAAAAAGAUUGACUGGGACAACGAUUCCUCGACCGGUGUCCAUCCUUAUAUGGAAACGUUGGCUAAGGAGACCGGGACUUUACAUCGGGUUCUAAGCAAGCAUCUCCCCGACAUGACUGUCGACAUGAUCAUGAUCCCCGUUUUCAACAAUUACCGUGAGCAGUGGACCAAGGCCUUUGAAGAAGCAAACCUUGAAACAGAGGCCGGCAAGAAGAGGAUGCAAGCUGAUAUUGCACACCUCCAGUCUAAGCUGGCCAAAAUUGAGGGUGCCAGUAACUUGGGUGACAAGUUGCUCGAACUCGUCAAUGCAAAGCAUAUUGCCGAAGCUACGACCAAACUCAAGACUCCAGAGAAGACCGAGUCUGGCAGUGAGAAGCAAGACUCUGAUAAGGGGGCCGAAUCCUCCAGCUCUUAAUGAUCCUCCGUUAAUAAUUCCUUACAACCCCCCCUGCAUUCAAGGCCGGUUAUGUCUAGUCAUCAUAUACUAUAGUUCUCGUGGCCAUAAACUACUCUUUAGAUACUGUACAUAUGUGAUUAUGUCGUUUCUCAAUUGUUUUACGAUUAGACGUUCUUUUUGUCAUAUACCUGUCGAAUCUCAUUCAAUUUAGGAAGUCAUCAGGUCUCGGUUGGCC